CCGUGGCACGUUUCACGCCUCCACACACGCCGACAUGUCUCUCGGAAAAGCUGCCCGGAGUUUGCUGAACCCGGCCCGCGGGGCGCUGCGGUCCUCCGCCGCGGCUCCGACCCGGAGCUACGCCGCCGUCGCCGAGGCCCGAGCGGUGCUGGAGAACGAGCUGGACUCGAUCCGAGCCGCGGGGACGUGGAAGGGGGAGCGGAUCAUCACCUCCAAGCAGGGUCCUCAGAUCAGCGUGGACGGCAGCCGUGGCACGAUAUUGAACUUCUGUGCCAACAACUACCUCGGCCUGUCCAGCCAUCCGGAGGUGGUGCAGGCCGGGAUCGAGGCUCUGAAGUCGUACGGCGCUGGACUGAGCUCCGUCAGAUUCAUCUGCGGGACACAGGAUCUCCACAAAAACCUGGAGCAGAAGUUGGCUCAGUUCCACGAGAGGGAGGACUGCAUCCUGUACGCCAGCUGCUUUGAUGCCAACGCUGGACUAUUUGAGGUGCUGCUGGGCCCAGACGACGCCGUGCUGUCUGAUGAGCUGAACCACGCCUCCAUCAUCGACGGGAUCCGCCUGUGUCGAGCCAAGAGGCUGCGCUACAAACACAUGGACCUCAGCGACCUGGAGCACAAGCUCAAAGAGGCUCAGUCGUCUCGCAUGCGUCUGGUGGUGACAGACGGAGUCUUCUCCAUGGACGGAGACGUGGCUCCUUUACAAGGGAUUUGCGAUCUGGCCGAGCAGUAUGGAGCCAUGGUGUUCAUAGACGAAUGUCACGCCACUGGAUUCUUGGGAGCCCGGGGCAGAGGAACAGACGAGCUCCUCGGAGUGAUGAACAGAGUCCAGAUUGUAAACUCCACUCUGGGGAAGGCGCUGGGAGGAGCAGCAGGUGGCUACACAGUGGGUCCUAAGCCGCUCAUCGACCUGCUAAGGCAGCGCUCUCGGCCCUACCUGUUCUCCAACUCGCUCCCUCCUCCCGUGGUGGGUUGUGCCACCAAAGCCGUGGAGCUGCUGCUGGCGUCCAACGAGAUUGCACAAAGCAUGACGGCCAAAACCAUGAGAUUCAGGAACAAGAUGACGAAGGCCGGCUUCACCAUCGCGGGCUCGGCUCACCCCAUCUGUCCUGUGAUGCUCGGCGACGCACGGCUGGCCUCUGUGAUGGCCGACGACAUGCUGAAGCUCGGAGUGUAUGUGAUCGGAUUCUCCUUUCCGGUCGUACCAAAGGGAAAAGCCAGAAUCCGCGUUCAGAUCUCGGCGGCGCACACGGACGAAGACAUCGACCACUGCGUUGACGCUUUCAUCCAAACAGGCAGGAAGCACGGAGUCGUCUCCUGAAUCCGCUGAACAAACAGAAAUCAGAAAAAGGAAUCAGCAAACUGCUUGCCGCUGCAGAUCGCGCUGCUUGUUACUCGAGACCUACGAACAGCAUCGAUGGAAAUAUCGGUUACACUUGCAGGUCAAUGGAGCUAAAUGUUAUUUGUAUGUUUGCUCAGCUGAAUAAAGCACUUUUUUUGCUAAAGUCUAGGUGCUUGUGUUUGAAGACAAAAGGGCUACUAAUUCCAUAUUUCCCCCACACGACUUUAUGUGUGAGAGAAAAUGUGUCUGUUGAAUCCUGUUGACAGUAGAUGAACUUAGACGAGAAGUUCAUCUACUGUCCAGAUGAUAUUUUGAUGAUUGUGAGGAUAAUACUGAUAAGUUUAGUGAUGCUACUACGAAGAUAUUGUUGGACUGUGAGCAUUAAUUAUGGUACAUUAAACUCAUCGUUAAAAUCUGA